AGGCAUUGCCGGGACUUGGGCAUGCACGUCUUGGCCCUGGAUGACCUCUCCGGUGGCUUCAUGUCCAACGUACCCGCGGGUGUCACCUUCAUCCAAGGAGACAUCCGGGACGCAAUCUUCUUGGACCAAAUCUUCCAACAGCACCGGGUGGACUUCGUGUACCACUUGGCGGCCUAUGCGGCGGAAGGCCUCUCCCAUUUCAUCCGCUCCUACAACUACCGAACCAACUUGGUUGGCUCGGUUGAGAUCCUCAACCAGGCCAUCAAGCACCGAGUGCAGUGCUUCGUCUUCACCUCGUCCAUCGCGGUGUAUGGCAGCAUCAACGACUUGUCACAGAUGCAGAAUCCCAAGCGCUACCUGAGCCGGCCAAAGAAAGGAGGCUUGCGGGAGGAGGACCGGCCGAGCCCGGAGGACCCCUACGGCAUCGCCAAGUUUGCCUUCGAGCUGGACCUCCAGGCUGCCCACGAGCUCUUCGGCAUCCACUUUGUGAUCUUCAGGCCUCACAACGUCUACGGGCCGCAUCAGAACAUGUUCGACAAGUACCGCAAUGUCGUGGGCAUCUUCAUCAACCAGAUCUUUCAUGGACAGCCUUUGACCAUCUUCGGGAGCGGCGAGCAGGUGCGCGCCUUUAGCUACAUCGACGACGUGGCGCCCAUCAUCGCCAGGGGGCCUUUGGUGCCCAGAGCGCGGAAUCAGAUCUUCAACGUGGGCGCCGACAUGCCCCACACAGUCAACGAGCUUGCCGCGGCCGUGGCGGAAGCGGCGGAGUCGGCCGGCCAUGCCCGGGACUGGCAGCCAGCGAGGUUGGAGGUGGAGGUUGCCGUGUCCAACCACGACAAAGUCAAAGAGUACUUUGAGGUGAACUCCUCUAUCAGCCUGAAAGAAGGGUUGCAGAGGACGGUGGCCUGGUAUCGCCGCCAGGGUCGCCACUUCCGGCCCGUCGAGUUCUCCUCCGUAGAGGUGAUGCAGCAGCUGCCCCCUUCAUGGCGCCGUGCAGAUCUCGAGGAGACGGCCGUGUGCCGUGGCAGCCGGGUGGAGCAUCCAGAGCUCGCAGAAGAGUUGCCGGCGGAGGCCCCAGCGCCGGUGCGGGGACUCAUCUGGGCCCUGAGGCCCGUGGGCGAGUCGCUGGGACGGGGGCUGGUCCAAGGGAAGACUCUUCUCCCUGAGUUCCUGGACAGGCCGUACUUCAUUGACUGGCUGCAGCGGCGGCAGCGGCCGGAGCUGCGCCUCUUCACGCAACUGCUGGUGGCGUUGCCGGACUCGUCCCUCAUGGACUUGACCGAGCGCGACCUGCUGGUGGCUGCCUCCUCAGCGACCUUGGUCUCCACCCCGCUGGACCAGCGCUCCCGCCUCUACGCCUACGCCGCGGAGAACGAGCUGCCGCUGCCCCUGGCCUUCUCCGGGCUGAGGUGUCCAUGCCCGCCUGAGGAAGAUGGCGACGGCUUCGUGUCGCAAGUCGACCGGGGCGUGACCGUGCACUGGGAGGCUUUCGAGGCCCUGCUGGCUUUGCCCAGUGACCGGCCUUUGCUGCUGUCACUGGGUGCCCAAGGCUGCGCGCAGGGCGGCAAGAGCAGCCUGCUGCGGGAGUUGCUGGGCCUCGAGGCUCAGGUCGUGGAGGCCCCGGCGGUGCGCAGCGGUCCCUGCAGGUCGCCCUGCCACGCCCCGGGAGUGGACCUCCUGCGCAAGGCGAAUCUGUGGACGGCGGAUGUGCACGGCUGCUCCUUGGGGGAUCCGACUUGGAUGGCGUUGAUCGCCACCUUUGCGUCCAUCAGCGGCUUGACCUUGCUGCACGUCAGCCCGGAGGAUUUCCUCCAGGUGGAAGAGGAGAAGCCGAAGAAGGUGGACCCCCGUCUCACCGCCUCGCGGCGCGGCAGCGCCAGCAAGGACUCCGUCUCCUCCGUGAACUCCAACUCGUCGAGGCUCUCGGCGAAGCCGGAUCUCAUGUCUCUGCUGAAGAUCCUUUCCGAUGCGCGCCUGGCCGGCGUGGGCCCGCAGCGGAGCCGCAUCCUGGUGGUGCUCCGUGAUGUGUCGAGCAGCUCCCAGACCGCCGCUAUGCAGUCCUACCUGGAGGGGAUUCCGGGCGCCUCGGUGGUGACCUUGGAGCGGCUGCAGGGCCUGCCGACGCCUUUGCGGCAGCGGCCCCUGCUGCGUUUGCGGGAGAAGCUCCAGCAGGAAUUGUACUUAGGGGAGGCGAUGAAGGAGGUAGACUUGAACCCGGUGGCCCGUCACCCGCAAGGAGAGUUCUCCUCAGAGAACACUUUCGCAAGGCCACCUUUGUCAUCUGGUUUUGACCACUUGGAGACAAAGCACCACCAUGGCUUGAUGGCGGAUGCCUCUGCGGGCGCCAUUGUGGUGCACGAGGAUGCCUUGGAUGCCGCUUGCCAAGUGGCCAGCCGAUCCAUCGACCAGCUGAUUUGGCACGCGCCGCAUGAGCUGGCCAAGGCUGUGACCCUCUUCGGCCCUGGGGUGGUGGUGCUGCCUAUGCUCGGGAGGGUGUCCGGGAUCGGUGUGCAGCAGAGCUUGGAGUACGGGUCCCACCCCAAGCGCGCCGCUCGCGGGGGCUUGAUGGAUCGCUUGGACCUGGAGCUGAAGUUUGGGCCCAUCGACCCGGGGCGGCUGAUGCGGGAGCUGGUGGCCGGGCGCGUUGGCAUGGAGCAACGGCUGCGGGGCCUGGGCAACGACGAGCUCCGGGAGGAAGUCCUGGCGCUGCAAGACUGGAGGGAGAAGGCCUCAGGUCGCCUGAAGACCAUGGAGCGCCGUGCCGCCUGGGCCUUCCUUGGGGUGGCCGGAGAGGGAGCGGCCAGCCAGGCAGAGAUCAAGAAGGCCUUCAAGCGCCGCGCCUUGGAGCUGCACCCGGACAAGGGCGGCGACGCUGAGCGCUUCCGGCUCUUGCAGGAGAUGCGGGACCUGCUGGUGGAGCCGAAAUCCCACGAGCUCGAGGGCAAGGACCAGUCCAAAGACAAGGACAAAGACAAGGCCGAAGGGGACAAGGAGGAGCAGGAGGAGGAGGAGGAGGAAGAGUUCUCAGAAGACAGCUGGGACGCCGACGAGGAAUUCCGGAAGAUGUUCCCGAAACGGAAAAAGAAGAAGCGUCAGAGAGAUGAGGAAGAGGCAGAGGUGGCCAAGUCGGAAGACUUCCACCGGGGGAAGUUCGAGGCGGCCCGGCGGAAGCUGCACCGCCAGCUGGGGGAGAUGUGGAUCCGCGCCACGCAGUUGGCCAAGGAGAUCGAAAGGAGCCAGACGGUGAGCAGCGGGGACGCCAUGCACCAGCUGCGGAAGUUCUUGGACCGCUUCGCGGUGACGGAGGUGAGCAAGCUGAAGGACAACGACCCCAAGAAGGCAGAGCGGAUCUUCCGGCGAUUCCUGGAGCAGGGCUCGGAGCUCCUCUGCGCCGCGGGCGCCGUGGACCCGGCCAGCGCGGUGUCUCUGGUGGCCAUGCAGGUGAACUUCCCGCUGCUGCAGGCGGCGCCUUCGGAGGAGCUCAAGGAGCGCUGCAACGCGCUGCUGCAGGUGAUCCAGGAUCUCCCCUCCAUCGGCCAGGAGGUGACCGCUUUGGAAGCGGAGUCCUUCCACAUCCAGCUGCUGGUGCCCACAGAUCCUGAGCUGCAGGCGUCGGAGCCGCGGCUCCAGGAGCUGUGGCUGCCUGGCAGCGCCACACUGGGCGACCUCCGCAAUGCGGCGAGCGUGUGCGGAGGCUCCGCCCGGCUCUUCCUGCGCGGCAAGUUUCUGGGCGGCGACAGCGCCACGCCGCUGGGCUCCCUAGGCCUCGACGGCCCGCUGCAGUGCCUGCCCAGCAACGUGGCGCUGAAGGGUCCACGGAAGCCGCCGGGCGCCGGGGCGGCUGCGGCUGCGGCUGCGCCGCCGGCGCCGGCGGCUGCGGCUGCGGCGGAGCCGAGUAGCGAGGCCUUGCGAGCCGAGAGAAGCGAUCUCAAGGCAAAGCCAGCGGAGAGUGCGGCGGAGGUGAAAGAGGUGAAAGAAACGAAGGUGAAAGAAGAGAACAAGGAGAACGAGGACGCUUGGUUUGACGACUUCUUCGCGAAGCCCGAGCCUGAGAAGGAGAAUCCCCGCCGAGCUGCCCAAGAGCAGGGCAAGAAUGCCAUGCAAGCUCGGCUGAAGGCUCAGAAGCAAGCAGCCGACGCCAAGCGCCGGCUCGAGAGCGAGCGCCCCCGUGCGGCACGGGAACGCGGACGCGAACGCGAGGACCUGCGGCCACAGCCUGCUCAGCCCGCACGGCCUGAGCCCGCCACGUCCAGCGCGCUGGUCGUGUCCAAGGAGGAGCCCUGCAGUGAGCUGCAAAGGUCGCGGGACGGCUGGGACCAGUCCUGGCAACAUCCUUGCGCUGGGGCAAAGCGAUCUGAUGGCACGGCGAUUUUCUGCGGGCCCUGCGACGCCUGGGUGCACGUCAGCCGCUUUGACCACCACGACUUUGAGAUCCACUGUGACAAGGUCGGCCACUUCGGAUGGAUCGACUGA